AUGUCGUAUGUACCAAUCCAAAAUGAAGCGCAGGGCCCGGUAGCUACAGUUCUUUGUUGCAACUGUGGUGUCCCUAUGGACGGAUCGCUGGGUCUUGUCAUGUGUUACGACUGUAUCAAGUUGAACGUUGAUAUCACUGAAGGUAUUCCCAGAGAGGCAAAUAUUAGUUUUUGCAGAAACUGUGAAAGAUUCUUGCAGCCACCACAGCAGUGGAUACGUGCCGAAUUGGAAUCUCGUGAGUUAUUGGCCAUUUGUUUGCGCCGUUUGAAAGGUUUAUCCAAAGUGAGAUUAAUUGAUGCCUCGUUUAUCUGGACUGAACCCCACUCCAGAAGAAUCAGGGUGAAAUUGACUGUGCAAGGUGAAGCAAUGCAAAAUACAAUUGUUCAACAAACGUUUGAGGUGGAGUAUGUUGUUAUUGCAAUGCAAUGUCCAGACUGUGCCAAAUCGUUUACUGCCAACACAUGGAGAGCCACGGUUCAGAUCAGACAAAAAGUUGCUCACAAGAGAACCUUUUUGUACUUGGAGCAAUUGAUUUUGAAGCACAAUGCGCAUCAAGAUACUAUUCUGAUUCAAGAAACGAAAGAUGGGUUGGAUUUCUUUUACUCACAACGGAACCACGCAACUAAAAUGCUUGAUUUCUUGAACGCAGUUGCUCCUAUCAAAUCAAAGAGAUCUGAAGAGUUGAUCAGUAUAGACACACAGUCUGGUUCUUCUUCCUACAAAUUUUCUUUCUCUGUCGAGAUUGCACCUAUUUGUCGUGACGACUUGGUUGUUCUCCCUAGAAAAUUGGCGAACCAGCUUGGUAACAUUCCUCGUCUAGUGAUCUGUUCGAAGGUGUCAAACAUGUUACAGUUUUUGGAUCCUAAUACUUUACAGACAGCUGAUUUACAAGCAGGUGUGUACUGGAGAGCCCCAUUCUUCUCUCUUUUGGACGUGACUCAGCUUGUGGAAUUUAUCGUUUUGGAUGUCGAACCUACAGGAGACGUGAAAGGCAAACAUGUUCUAGCGGACAUCACUGUGAGCAGAGCUUCUGACUUUGGUGUCAAUGACAACACUUUCUAUGUGCGCUCGCAUUUGGGUGGUAUUUUGCACCCAGGUGAUUCUUGUAUGGGAUACUAUUUGACCAACACGAAUUUCAACUCCGACUUGUGGGACACUUUGGACACCGAUAACUGCCCAGAGGUUGUGUUAAUUAAGAAGCACUACGUCAGAAAAUCCAAGAAAUCUAAAUACAGAAACUGGAAGUUGAAGAGAAUGGCCCGUGAGCAUAAUGAGAUAAUGGCCAACGAAGAUUCGAGACAAGCUAAACAGGAACAAGAGAGAGCAGAAAGAGACUACGAGUUGUUCUUGCAAGAGUUGGAAGAGGAUCAAGAAUUGAGAAAGACUAUCAACUUAUACAAGGCUGGUGAGGAGGCACCUCAAGACGCAGACGAUGAGGACGAAAUGGACGAUGAUGAAGUUGCACCAGAAAUUGGCAUCGACGAAUUGUUGGAUGAAAUCGAUGGUAUGACAUUGGAUUAG